UCAGACGAACACCUGUUCUGUCUUGGUGAUUGGCUGUCUGCAUAUGGGGCACAGCCGCUCGGCCGGGGGGCCCCACAUCAACUCACCGGCACACUCAGCAGACAGGCGUAAGUGGUGCUGCCCACAUCGACCGACAAAGAGAGGCAUUCAUUUGUUGCAGGCAUGGACCUCUCUCUCUCUCUCUCGCUCUCUCUCUCUCUCUCUCUCUGUGCGUGUGUGUGUGUGUGUGUGUGCCUACGCAUGGUAUGAGCACGACUUUCCUGCGGUUGUCCAAGCACACAGCGCACUUGAUAUUCUCGGCAUCAUCCGCCGCAGAAGCAAGCCUGUGGCAAAAGAAAGACAUGUGUCUGUCUGUGGUCGGAUUGCUGACUCACUUUCGUUUCGCCUCUUGCAGCUGUCGCAUCAGCUCUUCCUUCUCCCGGCGCAUCUGGCCAAGCAGGUGGUGCUCUCUUUCCCAUGCUGCCGCUGACCAAGACGCCCUGAGGCACGACACACCAACACACCAACACAAACACGCCACCCGGCUCAGUCCGUCUGUUUGGCUCCCUUACGUUGGUCGGACACUUAAGGGAUGGGCGGGGGGUGGAGGCACAGACAGAUCCAUCACCACCACGGGCACCCGGAUGGUGCGGUGGGGACGAGUACAGCGAGUGGUCGACAUCGCUGCAGGUGAAGGUCGCGGGGGAGGCGGCGGUGGGUGUGCGGGGCACGGUACGUAGGCCGCCACAGCAGCAAUCGCCCCGGUCCCACUCGACGCCUUCUCCCCUAUGCUCAUCCCCUCCACACCACGACGGUCGACCUCGGCACGCGAGGGACUGGUUGAGGGCUCGACAGCAGGCUCCUCCUCUGGCGACGCCUCCCGGCCAUGCCCAUGUGCAGAGAGGGACUGGCCUGACCCCUCAGAGGUUUCCUGAGACGGCUGCGGCGGUGGUGCUUCAGCUUGGCGGGGAGGUCGCCCAGUGCGUGCAGCGGCCGCUACUGUUGACGGGGAUAGCGGCUCAACGCUGGGGACAUGCAACUGAGGCCUCUGGUGCGUGAAUCUGCGUCUGGUGCGAACCUGUCCCGCUGGCGGCUUCGCGAUGAGGGGCGGGGGAGGGGGACGGGGACGCGGAGGCUGCGCGGUGAGGAAGAUGGGCACCCGUCCGUCCCAUUGUCGCUGCACCACCAUCGGCAUCCGGGUCGCCUGAGUGGCAUCGGGCGGUGGUGGUGGUGGUGGUGGUGAUGGUGGCGGCGGAGGAGGGCGGUCGGCCGGCGAGGGCAUUCCAACAGCAUGAGUAUUGCCCGUGCUGCCCGUGGCUUCACCAUCGACCAUCCGAGCGUUGGUAGAGUCAGAGGGGGUGGGCGUCGAUGCAGAGAUGGGUCCAGCAAGUGGCACAUCCGGCGCCUGAGGAGUCUCGCUCGCCUCCUUAAUGAUCGACAU